AUGUGGAAGCAAAAUAUCUCCAGGGGAGGAUGGACGACGGUGACCAGGAACUCUUUCAGAAGGGGUGAUGAUGGAAAGUGGGAUGUUGCGAAAGGAGAAGGAAGGAAGACGGAGGGAGCUGUGGUUUCUUCCUUUUUCUUCACGAAGUUUGGUAGUAAAUGGAAGGCAAGGGAUCUGUUGUUCGAGUUCAAGGAAUUCGGGGUCAUUGAUGAAGUUGUUAUCCCCUCUAAAUGGGAUAAGUUUGGAAGGAGGUACGGUUUUGUACGCUUCUUUGACGUAGAGGAUGAGAAGCUAUUGGGUAUCAAGUUGGAUAGUUUGAUUCUUGAAGGACGUAAAUUGCAUGCGAAUCUUCCAAGAUUUCAGCGUCUCGCCAAGAAUAAGGAGAUGUUGCUCCGGAAUACAGGCAGGGGAGGGAAAGAGGGUGUCAAGGAGAGGAAGGAGGAUUCGGUGUAUGUUCAAAGGUCCAAAGCUUGGGUGGAUAAGAGAGCCUUCGUGGACGUCCUUCACAAUCGUGCGGGGAGGGAUGCGAGCGGUGAUGCGUCUAAGGGGAUCAAGAUUGUCUUCUUUAAGACUGCUAAGGAAGAAUCGGAUCGCUACCUUAAGGCGUUUGUAGGUGUUAUCAAAGAUGUGGAAGUUGCGUUGAAGAUCAAACAGAUUUUCUAUGAAGAAGGCCUUUUCUCCAUUAGGAUUACUCUGCUAGGCCCUAACCUGUGUGUUCUUGAAGACUUGGUGUGUGGCGAAGUGGAAGCUUUGAUCGAGGAGCGAAGAGGGUGGUGGGAGAACUGGUUUUCUGUUUUAAGACCUUGGGUCCCAAAUGAUGUUGACCAGGAGAGAUUUACAUGUUUGAGAAUAUCAGGAAUUCCCUGUAAUGCUUGGGGUGAAGGAUUUUUCAAGUUGGUAACGGAAAUAGUUGGAAUCUUUAUCAAAUGCGAAGAGUCGACGGAGACACGGAUCAAAAUGGAUGAAGCGAGUGUUUGUAUUAAGACAUGA